GCAGACGGUGCCACUACUUUCCACGACUACUCCGGACUCCAGAGCAUACUACCAGCAGCUGCUUUCUACACUGUAAGAGGACUUCUUUACCCCAGCUAAAUAUAACUGUAUCUCGCGUUUCCCCGCCUUCAGACUCUUGUCUGCUCGAAGCUAUCUCUCUAAAACCAUCUCACACCGUCAGCACCCACAACCAUGGCCUCCGCUCGCGUAGUCAACUUCGGUGCAGGCCCCUCUGCCCUCCCGACCUCCGUCCUCGAAAAGGCUCAAGAAGGUCUCCUCAACUUCAACAACACCGGCAUGGGCAUCGCCGAGAUCUCCCAUCGCUCAAAAGAAUUCACCUCCUUCCUCUCCUCCGUCGAAUCGAAUAUCCGCGCCCAACUCGAUGUUCCUCCCACACACUCCAUACUCUUCACGCAAGGCGGCGGCACCGGCCAAUUCUCCGCCGUCGUGCUCAACAUGCUCGCGCGCUACCGUCUGUUGAACCCAGAGGUGAAAGCAGAAGACGUGGUGAUGGACUACGUUGUCACGGGCAGUUGGAGUAAGAAGGCUGCGGAGGAGAGCAGGCGGUUAGCUGGUCCAGGAGGUGUGAAGACGAAUGUGGUCGUGGACUCGAGGAAGUACUCGAAGGACGGCAAAUCAUUCGACAAUAUCCCCCUGCACAGCGAAUACGCGUUCUCGGCCGAUCCGGCGGUCAUCUACUAUUGCGAGAACGAGACGGUCGACGGGGUGCAGUUCUCGCAUGAGGAUGCCGCGCCAAGUUCGUUCCCUUACGAGCUGUUGAAGAAGGGAUCGUUGUUGCCGCUCGUGGGAGACUAUUCGUCGAGUUUUAUGUCGAGGCCAAUCCCACAUCUCGCGGAGCAUGCUGUCAUAUUCGCUGGAGCGCAGAAAAAUAUCGGGCCAGCGGGACUCACUAUCCUCAUCGUCCGACAAGACUGUAUUGUCGACGUCGAUGCCGCCACGCGUCUCGGCGUACCUCCUGUUCCUAUCACCAUGUCCUACAAAACCCUCGCCGACGGUUCCAGCCUCUACAAUACGCCCUCUGUUCUUCCCAUAUAUAUCGCUGGUCUAGUACUGGAGCGGUCGCAAGAAUUGGGUGGCUUGAAGUAUUAUGAGGCGCUGAACAGGCGAAAGAUGGAGAAGCUCUAUGGGGUGCUGAAAGAGGGCGAGGAGAAGGGCGUAUUCCAGAGGAAGGUACAGGAAGGAUCGGGUAGCUGGACGAAUGUCGUGUUUACGGUGCUGCCAGAGGGUGGCGAGCAAAGGUUCCUUGCGGGAGCUGAGAUGGAAGGGAUGAAGAGCCUGAAGGGACAUCGGUAUGUCACAGGAAUCCGCGCCUCGCUUUACAAUGCGAUCACCGAGGAAGACACCGAUAGACUCGUGACGUUCAUGAAAUCCUUCAUGAACGAGGAAGCCACAAAGACCGCUCAGGCAUAGCUUGCAGACUGCAGAGGAAGUAACAAAAACAUGUUGUACCGCUAGACUGUGUCAUCCCAUGCGCGGAAAUAUUGGCCGGCUCUUCAUCAACUGAAGGCCAGAUGGUCCUCGUCCC